GUUGCCAUCAUCAACACGACAUCCGGGAUGGCGACCGACACAGAGGACGAACUCCUGCCGUCUCCAUCGGUUGGUACAGCGUCGACCUCGGCUGCCCGAGCUGGCCGUAGGUUACGGAACCGUAACGUGCUGGUGGAGGACAGCGACAACGAUAGCAGCGGCAGUGGACCAAUCGCCGGACCGAGCCGCCGUCGGACGGUACCCGUUGCGAAGCUGGACCUGGCAUCAGAAAGCUCGGAAUGGGAAUCGGAUUGGAACAGCGACGAGGAACAGCUGCUGGAGAAAGGCGACAAGGACGCGGUGGCUGCCGUGUUGGCCAGCAAACUAGGGUACGCGUCUGAUGAGUCGAGUAGCGGAAGCAGCAGUGAUUACGAGAAAUGUCCAAUCUGUCUGCUGUCGCUGCACAACCAGGAAGUAGGUGUACCGGAGGUGUGCGAGCACGUUUUCUGCGCAUCGUGCAUCGAGGAAUGGUCCCGGAACGUGUCAACCUGCCCGAUCGAUCGGAAGGGCUUCGAAACGAUCAAUAUCUACGCGGAUGUCGAGCAGCGAAAGGAUGUGCUGCGGGUGUACCGCGUCCAACCGAAACCAGCGGAAGGUGAGGGUGAAGCAGAAGGAGAUGGCUCUGGGAUAGCGAAUGCCGGUGUGCCGGUUCCACAGGACGACGAGCUGACGUACUGCGAGGUGUGCCGGCAGGCUCACAGCGAGGAGACGAUGCUGCUGUGCGAUUCGUGCAAUUUAGGCUACCACAUGGAAUGUUUAAAUCCGCCGUUGCUUGAAAUUCCAUCAGGCUCGUGGUACUGUGAUUGCUGCUUUGCCUCCGGCUCGGACGAGGACGAUAACGAGUUGCAGGAUUUGUUGGACGAUCUGAACGAGAUAGGCGGAAUGCGCGAGUCUCGGUUACGGCAACGCAUCCACAGUCCGCUGCGGAUUGUUCGUACACGCCAGAGCGAGCGGAUUCGAGCGGCAAUCCUGACACGAGCGGCGGCCGCCGUCCGGUUGAACAUAGUCCAGAGCUCACCAGAUGCCACGGGUCCAUCAACGGUUGCGGCACGUGUACGUCGUCUAGCAGCCGGUUCCUCUGCACACGGAGGCAGCAGCAGCAGUAGCAGCUUGGUCGCCGUGGCCGCUCCACCCAGAGCGCGCAAGACAGUAAAGCGCAAGCGACGUCGCCGGACGAGGCGGAAAAUUUUAAGCAUGAUAAUCUCCGAAUACGACGUAGACGACAACGAUAACGGAGGUGAGGGUCAAAAGUUCGCAAUCAAGCGCAAGAAGCUGUACAGCACGCUAAGAAAGCUACGGAAAAAGCGUGCCAAGCGACGAAAAACGGGCACCAUCGCUGGGGCGAGUGGAAACCGGCGUCGUAGUGCUGCGGCCGCCGCAGCAGCAGCAGCAGGCCUUACCGAGAACGGAGAGCUGAUUCGAGCGACCAACCUCGCGGAAGACUCAGUUCAACGGCAACGGAUCAGUGCGGGCAUAACGCCGCUGAAAAUUUUCGGCGGCCGGAAUGAUUUGGAUUAUUUUAGUGAUGACGAUGACGAAGAGGGCAGCAGCACCGGCGGUGGUGCGAUAGGUGGUGCUGGUGGUGGAGGAUCGACACUUGUGGCUGGUGGAUCGGCCGGCCCGAGGCUGCGCAACGCGCUCAACCGUAGGCGAGUGUUGAAAAGUGGAUUCGAAAGUUUUAGCACACCUUCACCAGCGGCUGGUGGCGCGGGAUCUGCUGGUGCGGAUCUGCUUGGGAGUAUCCUUGAGAGCCAGGAACGGUGGCAUUCGCGAGAUGGCUUACGAAACGUCCGCAUCAAUGGCGGUCGUAUCAUCUUCCCUAGCGAGUCCACAACCGACGAUCGGCGACGAGCUUCUCCUGCGGAUUCAAGCAGGCGCAACGUGACUGUUCCAACUUCGGUUCAGGCAGCCGCUAACACACCUGGCACGAGUGCCACUUCGCCGCCAGUAACGGCCACUGGGAGCAGCAGCGGAAGCGCAAAUAGUACGACCGGAAACAAUCCUUCCUCGAAUAAUAUAGUAACGAACGGCAAUGGGAGUGAUGUGGGAAUGGCCAACGCAUCCGGUAGCAGAACGCAGGACAGCAAUAGCACCACAUCAGGAAGCACCGCUUUUUCCGGUCCAUCAAGCUCGUCGGUGUUUGCCGGCGAUUCACCGAUAGCCGGUAAAUCAAACAGCACCACGUGCACACCUACCAAGCAGAAGAAGGACGACGAAGAGGAGCCACGUCGAGAGAAUAGCGUUAAAGCUGUCGCCAAUCGAUUACCGAAAGGGUUGGCACAUGUUGCGGAAUCUGAGCCGAGCACUAGUGCGGCGCCGGUGGAGAAUAAUUGUCCAAACUUUUCCAUCUAUUCCUCGGAAACGCUGCAGUACGCGAAGGGCGAAACAGUCGGAAACCAACCGUAUGAUCCGCUCGACAGCGAACAGCGUACGGAUGACGAAGGAGAGCGCGAUGAGGAUCUGGUGCAGCUAGAUGACGACGAUAUCGAUGGAGAACCGUAUGGUCCGAAGGAAAACGAGCUAAACUCAAGCACGAAUGCUACCGUAAAUGGAGGAGGACAGAUUCAGGAAACGUUAGCUGCGAGAGAUGAAGCUGUGUCGCAGGAGCAAGACCGGGAGGAUAACGAUGUCGACGAUGGUACGCCAGCACGUGAUGAAUUCGACUCAGAAAGUGAUGACGAGCUAAAGAAAAUUGAAGCGGAUUCGAAUCGUGGAGCUGACGGACGUAGCCGAGCUCCUGGUGAGGUUAGUAGACUGGAUGCGUUGACUCCUCCGCUUACAAACUCACUUGUAGCGGCCCUUGGCGCGUCGGGAGCAGCAAUGGCGGCUGCUUCGGCCAUUGCAACAGCUAAUUUUGGGCCACCGGUCGGUUUGGGUGCUGGCGAGGACGAUCGAAGUUACACGCCCUGUCUGGACGAGAAGUAUCAGGAACGGCGUGAGCUGAUCGAUGGGGAAGAUCCUUGCGAUGGAGGUUCGUUACUGGCGGCGUCAGCUCGAUUUUGCAGCCAGGGUAGUGCAGUCGAUCUGGCCGGUAUAGAUGGUAUGGACACGGAGCUCAUUUCGGAGGAGGAUGACAGUGCGUUUGCGGAGGCAGCGGAAACCGGCGGUGGCCCAUCCAGUUCAAAGGGUGUGUCCGGUGGGGGUUCGUCGGCGAAGCGAAAGGACCAGUUGGCUUCAUUUAAGAAAGUGACCAAGAAAGGCCGCGAGCGGAACUAUCGCGAAAAGGACACGAGGAAACCAUCGUCACGAGAUGAUCGCUCCCGGCGAGGUGAGAAUGCCGAACUUAUCCGUGGCGCUGACGACAGACACGAUCGUAACAAUGGUGAUGCGGGCGAGAGUGGUGAGGAUGGCCGGAAGUCAUCCGAUCGACGAAAUCGCCAGCGACGUCCGAGACGCAAGGAGAUGCCAAGGUACGACAUCCGCUCGAUUAUUGCCGAAAAGCGACCGCGCAUCAUGAAGGAUCCUUUCGGACGGGAUAUUACCCCGAAGCGACGGUCCCGCACUCGCUCCCCGUCACCCCGCAGCAGAUCGCGGGAUCGCCGGAAUAUGUCGAUCUCUUUGUCGCCAGAACCGUUACCGCAGCGGUCGCGUCGAGAUUCGAAUUUCCCGGCUUCACGCAGGCGGUCCGUUUCACCACCACCGUUACCACCAGGACCCUCACGACACCGUGGCCGAUCGUCCCCGCGCGCUCCACGCUCCCCGUUGCCAGCAUUCCGCCGCUCACCACCCCAUCGAUCAUCGUCCCGGUCGCGAUCACGAUCGAGAGGGAUGGUGAGUGGUGCGAGGCGAUCGGGGCCCCGUUUAGCGCUUCGUUCGGUGUCCCCUCGCUCACCGCCAGCUCGUGGACGUUAUGGAGGUCGCGGAUCAUCGCGUUCCCGAUCGUUGUCCCGUUCGCGGUCACUUUCACCACUGCCCCACCACCAUCAUCAUCAUCAUCAGCAGCAGCAGCAUAAUCGGGCGCCAGUUCGCAGGGGAAGCGUUCGACGUUCACUUACUCCUUCGCGAUCCCGCUCACCGCCGGACCGACGUUUGGCGCGUGGAUCCAAAAAGAAAGCCAAACGAAAGAAGCGUCUCAUUUCUCUCAGCCACAGUCGGAGUCGCAGCCGCAGCAGAAGUCGCAGUCGAAGUCGCAGCCGUAGCAGGAGUCGUAGCAGAAAACGCAGCAGGAGCAGGAGCCGGAGCCGUGGCCGAGGUAACAAAUCCUCACAAGCAGCUCGUGGUUCUGUACGGAAGAAGAAAGGAAAGUUCCGCCGUAGCGUGUCCCCGCCGGUGGCGAAGAACGUUAACAAAAAGCAGAAGAAAAAGAAGGACCGGAAACGAUCGCCUUCACCGGCGAUGUCACGGUCACGAUCCCGCACACCCGUUCCAGCACCAGCAUUAUCGUCGUCAGCCGCCGGGGCUGGAGGAAUGCUAACGGACCGCCUGGCCAAGGGUGGAGGGCAACGAAUGCGGGAUGGUUCGUGGACGCCACCAAUGUCCGCAUCGCGACUGAAGGCCAACGGAGCGACGGCAUCGGCAGCAGCCAACCUUACAGUGAUUCUCACAAACGAGGAAGCCCUCGCGAAGCAACAAGAAGAGGUCCUGCUGGGCGCUGGUGGCAAGGAGAGGGACGGAGCGCGCGGUAAGCAGGCGCGUAAGGAAGCCCGCCGCAGGGAGCGGGUGGCCCGCGAGAAGAAUACCCUGCCCUCGAAGGAAGUAUUUACAUCGGGUGAUAAUAUUCUUGUAAGUGUUAGCUUUAACGACAAAAGUGCGCCAAACUCGUCCGGCAAGGACGGUAGUGGUGGGGGUGGUGGCGCGAACAGUGGCGGACAGGAUAAAUCCCGGACGGAGGUAGGCACAACGGCAGGAUCGUCGGAUCAUUCCCGACAUCAUCACCAUCAUCAUCAUCAUCACCACGCGGGUGCAACGCGAACCGGCAAGCAACGGCAGAAGGAUUCGACUGUGGCGAGCUCCUCUAACACGUCCUCGAAGCGGCUCCGGACGGCGGAGGGUGACGAGCGGCCGAAAACAAAACGACUCGAGGGCCGGAUGAGACAGAGAACCCGAACCGCCGUCGAUGUACCGUCGAAACCGAUCGUCAUCAUCGAUCUUGAUGGAUCGCCGUUCCGCGUGCUGACUCCUUCACCGAAGGCCGUCAUCGUGCUGUCGGACAGCGACACGGAGAAGGAGAAAGAGCGGCGAGGUGGUAGUAGCGGUGUUGCUGGCAGCGGAAACGCAGGAGGCCCUACAAGCGGGUCGGGUAUUGAGGCAACGGUAGGUGCAGGAUCAAACCAGGAUAAGGAUGGCAGCAGUGGUGGUGUUGGGUUGUUGCUCCGGAAUGGUGGAGCUCCUGGUAGCACACUUGGCCAAUCGCUGGGACUCGUGGAUGGAGCAAACGCGGUAAACGGUGCCGGAACAGGAGCCAUCCCGGUGACUGGAGGUUCCGGUGCAGCUGGAAGUGGCGUGGGCAUGCGUAAAACGCCUCCCGAUCAUCACUCACCGGUGGACGACAUGUUUGGGCCAAAGACCCCACCCGGAUUUCCUACUAGCUCUGGCGGUAGUGGUGCUGGAGGUGCGGGGAGCGGUGGUAACCAAUCAUCCAUGAAGGCACUACAAGCACCCAAGUUCUCGAUGCAAGUGAAAACGAAAUCUUCCAACAUUCGUCCCGUCAAUCCGCUGUACGAUCCGGGUGAUUUGGAGGAAGGCAAAGAGGACAGUCCUGAGGGCCCCGAAGGGACGACCGUUGGUGAGGGUACGAGCGGAGGGAAUAGCGGUCCUUCCUUGGCACAAGGUGGAUCUGCAGGUGGUUUGGGGUAUGCUGCGGGUGGUGGCAACACGAUAGCGACCGUUGGACCAAACACCCCACCGGAACCGGCACCACAAUCGCCCUCACCGGAUGUUUACGAUCCGUUUGAACCGACCAAGUCGCCCUCACCUUCACCGCCUCCCGGUUCUUCACGUGACCGUUCCGACGCGCUAUCCAUCGGUCGUCUGUCCGAUGAAGAUCAGAUGCAGCCGACGAAUCCGGGAACUGGUUCCGGUGCCGAAGGAAUUGUGGAUGGAACAACUACCGGAGGAGCGACAGGACCAAGUGACACCCUGAACGGAAGUUCCGUAGUGGAAUCAGGACAUACACGCACUUCUCCACCUGCUCUAAUGGGCCGCAGCAAUGGUAACAACGGUGGCAACAGCAAAGUGACGGUUCUCAGCAACAUCGUCUUGAGCGGUUCGUCCUCAAACGCAAACGUAACCGAUUCUGGUGGGCUGAACUCCGAUUCGGACGUCAUCUUUGACGAGUUCGUGCCAUCAUCCGGUGCCGCUGGUAACAGUCUCAUCUCAAAGUUGCCUUUACCGUUGGCCGGUUCCACUGGUGCGGGCCAAGGACCAUCCGGGAACAAGUUUGGUGACUUUAUGAACCCGACCGACUCACCGUAUUCGCCCGGUGCGAGCGAUUUUGAUGAUCUUUUCGAGCCACCCGGUGGUGUUGGUGGUAUGGAUCUGUUGGAUUCUCCACCGCUACAUUCACAUACCGGGAAACAGGCGAAUCAUCAGCAGCUGAACGCGAAUUCCCAACAGCAGCAGUCUGCGGCCGGUGCACGAUCAUCAAAACCGCUGCCAACGAAGGCUGCCAAGAAGGCGACCAACCAGUUCGAUUCGCUGUUUGGUUCAUCUCCUAACCAACAUACCGGUGGCAAGGCGGCACGUGGCAAUCGUAAGGGAGCGCAUAAACGCUCGAAGGGAGGUAAAUUCAACCAAAAAGGUGACGCCGCAAACGACGAAGAUCCAUCAAAGAUGUCGGAUAAGGAGAAGUACCUGAAGAAGCUCAACCGCCUCGAGCGCGUUGUUGAGGAGGUCAAGCUGGUCAUCAAGCCGUACUACAACAAGAAGCAAAUCAACAAAGACGAAUAUAAAGACAUUCUACGACGGGCAGUGCCGAAAAUCUGCCACAGUCGCACCGGAGAGAUAAAUCCCAUCAAAAUCCAGAAGCUGAUCAAGGCGUACGUGCGUAAGAUACGCGCCAAACGGCGCCUUACCAAGAAGGGUGGAGGCGGCGGUGGCAUCGGAGGAUCCGGUGGACCACUUGGUCUACCCAUGGCGAACAAUGCGAUCAUACUUUGA